AAAUUCCGUCUCAAAAAGCGUAGAAUUCCGCCGAGCCUUUUCAUCAGACCUCGCACGCCUAACUGGGAUUACUUGCAUUGAUCUAGUCUGAUACUAUUUCGUCAGCUUGAUCAUGGACGUGAUUCAAGUUCUCGGUUUCACGGGCCAAAUAUUCACUGGAUGUUUGAAGGGCUUUCAAGCUUUCCUAACAGCUGGUGAACUUGGCCGAGACGCUCUUCAACUGCAAAUCACCUUGGAAUGGACUCGCUCAAGGCUCGACAUGUGGGGCACACUUUGGGGCCUCGAGAAGCAGGAGCAUCUUAAGGACAUACGCUUCCGCCAAUUUGGCAUGAUGGCUCUGAACCAUCUUGUUUACAUCAACUACUGUCUGGAAGAGUUCAAAACGAUGGAUGACAUCUUUCCGACACUGGGGGACGCUUCAAAGUACGUUUCUACCCCUGCCGUUUCCCUCGCGAGGCUCUCGAAGAGUGCCGAGGUUACACCUGACGAAUUGGAAGCUUUGAGAUAUAAAAUGAAAAAUCUUCAAGGUGAUGCAGCUGCAAAGGAGAAGGUCAAAUGGGCGCUCCAGGAUGGAAGAGCUCUCAAGAUGGCGGAAACUGUGAAAGCGAUGGUGGAGGACCUCUACACCCAGUUCCCACCCCCCGCAGCCGAAUCAAGUCCGAUUAUCAAAAAUACAUAUGCCGCCUCCGAUUCUUUAGACACGCUCAACUAUGCUGCCAACAGUUCUUCUUCAGAUCCGGAGCUCGCUCGUCUCUGUGCCUUCAAGGCCGAAAACAUCAGAUUACAUCUGGAAAACCGCACCGAAAAAUUGCUGUCCAAGGAUCCGGAACGAUUUGACGUGCUCACAAGUCUGCGAAUGCAUCAAAAACUAGAUGGUACCCCGGACGAAAGCCGAUUCUUAGGUAGAUUCCGUGAAGAAGGUGUUUCAUACAGCAUUUCCGUUCUUACCGAGCAGAAGACGGUUAACAGCAAAAUAAUAGCAACCAGCACGCUCGACAAUCGCAUCCGAAAUGUAGCACGAUUACUCUCCCUGGAUAGCAAACCCUCCGAGCUACGAACGCUAAACUGCCUGGGCGUGACCAUCAGCCGCGAGGAACCCAGGAUAUACCAAUUCAUCUACGAGCUCAAAUCCAAAACCUUCUUCACACUCGCUGACUGUAUUCGCACACCCACGGACAAAAAUAUCAACGGCAUGCACCGCGACAAGUGGCCUCUGGAGCAAAAGUUCAAUCUAGCCAAACAACUCGCCCGAGCGGUGCAGUACUUCCAUCUAGCAGGGUGGCUGCACAAAGGCCUCCGCAGCAGCAACGUCAUCUUCUGCGCCGACACCGCAGCGGAAAUUGACCUCUCAGAACCAUACAUCUUAGGCUUCGACUACAGUCGCAGCGAAGUCGCGCGCUACGAAACCGAAACAGUCGAGACGACUGACAAAGCCGAAAUCGCCGCAAACGCCUUUCGGCACCCAAAGACGCAGGGUCCGCCCUCCGAUCGCGCAGAAUUCGAGCGCAAGUUCGAUAUUUAUAGUCUAGGCAUGGUCCUACUUGACAUUGGGUCCAAGCGCUCCGUGCCCAACCUGAGGGAGAAGUACGGGAAGAUGCCGGAACAUGCACCUGCGACGGCUGAAGGGUUUAGGGACUGGCUUUUGAAUGAGGCAAUUGACUCGGAUACAACAGGCUUGGUGGCCCGAAUGGGGUCGAGAUAUGCGGACGUGGCCAAGGUGUGUUUGCGUGGCAAGUUUACAGGCAGCUACAACGGUGAUGCGAAUGUUGCGUUUUUCUUAGAGGUACUGAGACAGUUACAACGAUGUUGCGCGUAGCAUGAUCGACUCGUAGCUGCCUUUCUUCCUUGGACCUAUUUGAAGCUAUCUUGCCAACCGCAAAACCUCUCUUACAGUUCCUACCUCGUAUUGAAUUAACAGAUGGGCAUACACAAAUCUGACUCCAUGACGCCUUAUGACUUUCGAUUUAGACAGGCAGAAUCUACGCGUAGCUUGUAAUGCUCAAGAAUGGGAAAUCAAACAGAUUAUCCAAAUCGAGAAAGUUUUCGGGGACGUAGUUAAGAGUCGGUAAACCGCCACUGGCCAUGGUUAAAUUAUUGAAGGGUUGAACUGUAUCUUCCAUCGUCGACAGAGGCAUAUCCGGGAAUAUA